UCUACUCUGUGCGUGCGCGCGCCCCUUCCCUACCCCAGCACUUUUCCACUGCUGCUAGUUUGUCAGUUUUGUAUCUGAUGGAGAAGAUGGUGGCUGCGGCGUCAGCGUCAAAAAAAAAAAAAAAAAAAUGAAGCUCCCUCCGACCCUCGUCAUCCUCCGAUCCGCACGACAACCUUCUGACAGCCGUUAAUAGGAAAGAGAAUUGGAAGCAAGCUCAGCCAGGAGAUGUUGGUGAUGUGAAUAGACCGCGGAGCUGCCUUGAAUUAAGGAAUUUAUAAACCCAGAGACAUCAUCACCCCCACAGUUCAGUCACAGUAAUUGAAUAAAGCUCCCAAAACUGAGACACUUUUCCUUUGGGACUGCAAGCUAGGGAGAACAGUGGGGAGGAUAAUUGAUAACUGUCCUGGCAGUACUUUACUUUGAUGUACUCUGCCGAAGAACGGUGACCUGAAAAAAAAAAAAAAAAGAAAGGAAGAAAGGAAGAAAAACAACUUGUGUUGCCUUUGGAAUAUUGACAAGGGGGGAAAUAAACAUGAUUGGGUGAUUCUGAAGUUUUGCUCAUAUUUUUCGUUUUUUGUGUGAGGGUUAAAUAAGGGUUGCAAGCUUUGCGUGACUGGAGAAACGGUCUGACAUUUGUGAAUACAUAUAGAGCUUUUUUAUAACCCUUCUUCACAAUCUUAACACAGACACCAACCAAGCCUCCUAGUUUGGACUUGGGCUCGCUGCAGUGGGGAAACGGAGAGGUGAGUCAGGAAAGGACGCGGCUGUAUUGAUGGGAGCAGGCCCUCCUGUUGAAAGGCGCACAGAAGACACUGUGAAAUAGGGAAAGCAAGACAAAAUAAAACAGUGGUAUUUUAUUUCCUGCCAAGUUAAGACACCCCCUCCAAGCACUUUACGUGUUGAACUACUAAGUACCUGAGCGCGGUAAUGCGAUCGUACAAGAAAGUAAAUAAGAUUAAAAAAGUAAAUACUAUUAAACUAGUUAGUAGGAAAGAAAAAUGACGGUGCCAAUGGAAUGUAUGUAUGUGGUCGUUUUUAAAAAAAAAAGCUUUGAUAUGGAUUAAACGCAGAGGAAAGGAAACCAGUAACAUCUGAAAGUUAUUUUUGUUUUUGUUUUUAAAUAAACCUAUUAGUUAUAUUAAAGCAGGAAGUGUUUGAAGCAUGUCGGGCAGAAACCGAAGCGGAAUGUGAAACGUGGAGCUGUGCUAGUAUUUCUCGUCAAACUUUCAGAAGAAAUUGAUCUUAAAGAAAAAUUCGUCAGGGGACGGUGUACUUUAAAAAGCUGACACUGCCAUUAGCGUCUUUAUAACACUCAAAAGGGGACGAUGAACAAAGGUGAUAUAAAAAAAAAAAUGUGAUUAAUGCUUUGCUGUGUUUGGGGAAGAAGUGAAGUACAAACGAAAUGUAUUAAACCAAAUGUAAUUGACACAAUGAGAGAGAUCAGUGAUGAACUGUGCAACACGAAGACCCUGGAACUCUGUGCUCAAGUACAAGUAGACAGCCUGGUAAAAAGAAGAGGGACCUUUAUAAAAUUAUUUUUGUGUUAAUUUCUAACAUGGCCUCCCCACAGCACCAACAGUUGUUGCUACACAGCACUGAGGUUAGUUGCAAUGCCGCUGGAGAUAGCGUGUCUGUGAAGAUAAACAGCAAGCCACAGCUGCAUGGCCCUGCUAGCAGCAGCAGCAGCAGCAACAGCAGCUCCAAGCACUGCAAGUACAGCAUCUCUUCCAGCUGUAGCUCUGGGGAGUCAGGUGUCCGCAGGGUGGUGACUACAGGUGCCAGGCGCCCAAAGAAGCUGCCACAGCUUUUUGAGAGGUCCUCGUGGCAGUGGUGGAACCCCAGGUUUGAUUCUACCAACCUUGAAGAAGCCUGCCUUGAGAGGUGCUUCCCCCAGACCCAGCGCAGGUUCCGCUAUGUGCUCUUUUACUUGGCAGCCGCCUGCCUCCUUUGGAGCAUCUACUUCGGGGUCAACGGUGCCAGGUGCGACCAGACUGCCUUUUUGAUCCCCACUCUGGGUUUCCUCGUCUUCUGCAUUUUGCUUUUGCUGUUCACCUUCACCCGCUUCUACGCCAGACUGUAUGUAUGGGUCUCCUUGUUGCUCUUCCUUGUCACUUUUGCCUUGACUUUGUCCCCCCAAUUGCAACGUGCUUUCUUCUUGAAAGAAGGUGACUUUGACAACAGCACGGGCCUGACUAAUGCUGCUUACUCCUGGGAACCCUGUCUUUCCAAUGUGGGCACUUUCUCCGUAUGCAUGGAGGUGCUCCUGUUGCUCUACACCAUCAUGCACUUGCACCUGUACCUCUGUGUCUUGCUAGGGCUGGUCUAUUCAACGCUGUUUGAGAUCCUGGGUUGUAUCUACUUUGCCAGUGACAGCGCAGAGUCCAACCCCCUUUACUGGCUGGCCCCAGCCAAGGCUCUUCUACACAUUUGCGCCCACGCCACUGGGAUCCACCUGUUCAUCAUGUCAGAGGUUCGCUCGCGAAGCACCUUCCUGAAGGUGGGUCAGUCCAUAAUGCAUGGAAAGGACCUGGAGGUGGAGAAAGCCCUGAAGGAGCGCAUGAUCCACUCGGUCAUGCCUAGGAUGGUAGCAGACGAGCUGAUGAAGCAAGGGGAUGACGAGAGUGAGAACUCAGUGAAACGCUACUCCACUUCCAGCCCCAAGAAUAAGAAGAAAAAGCCAUCCAUCCCCAAAGCCCAGAUCAUCUUCAGGCCUUUCAAUAUGAAGCGGAUGGAGCCUGUCAGCAUCCUCUUUGCCGAUAUUGUGGGAUUCACCAAGAUGAGCGCCAACAAGUCGGCCCAUGCCCUGGUGGGCCUCUUGAACGACCUAUUUGGCCGAUUUGACAGACUCUGCGAGAUCACCAAUUGUGAGAAGAUCAGCACGCUGGGUGACUGCUACUACUGUGUGGCGGGCUGCCCAGAACCACGUGCUGAUCACGCUUAUUGCUGCAUUGAGAUGGGCCUUGGUAUGAUCAAGGCCAUAGAACAGUUCUGCCAAGAGAAGAAGGAGAUGGUAAACAUGCGGGUGGGUGUCCACACGGGCACUGUGCUCUGUGGCAUCCUGGGCAUGAGACGCUUCAAGUUUGAUGUCUGGUCCAACGAUGUCAACCUAGCCAACCUAAUGGAGCAGCUCGGUGUAGCUGGCAAAGUCCACAUUUCUGAGGUGACCGCCAGCUUCCUUGAUGACCGAUACCUGCGAGAGGACGGCAGGGUGAUGGAGAGGGUCGGGCAAAGCGUUGUAGCUGACCAGCUGAAAGGUCUCCUUCAAUCACUCAGCCUAGUAGCUGCAUCUGCUGGGAGAAAUGGGACUGGAGCAGCUGCCGAUUCCUCACAGCAGUCUUGUGUCGAUGCAGACUCAACAUACUGGGGUGCUUGUAGAUGGAGGCUAAAGACCUACCUGAUCUCUGGGCGGAAGGUGGAGAGGUCCCAGUGCAGCUGCUCCCAGCUGGGCCUAGCUGGGUCGGAAUCUGGGGACGGGGCCUCCAGGCCGCAGACUCCAGAGACCAUUACUACCACAGAGGCAACACACACCAGCAGCCAGACUGACAGAACCAAGGAGCCGUGUCCCUUGUGCAGUGUGAUGCUGGUCCCGAGCUGUGACACCCCAGUUGAGGACAGUACUGUCCAGAAUGGCUGCCAAGAGGACCACAAGAACAACACAAAGCCUAUUCCAGCAGGGCAUAGCCUAAAGAUGCAAAAUGGGCUGCUGAGCCUGCCCCCAGAGGAAAAGCUGACCAAUAGUCAGACUUCUCUCUGUGAGAUGUUACAGGAGAAGGAGAAGGGGAAGUGGGUGGGUGUCAGUAUGGACCAAUCAGCCUUGCUCCCACUGCGGUUCAAGAACAUCCGUGAGAGGACUGACGCACACUUCGUUGACGUCAUCAAGGAGGACAGCCUGAUGAAGGAUUACUUCUUCAAGCCACCCAUAAACAAGCUGAGCCUAAACUUCCUGGAGAAGGACCUGGAAAUGACAUACCGCAUCAGCUACCAGAAGGAGGUGAAGGACAGAGUCCCGGUAAAGACAUUUGCCAGCUCCACCUUCAGCUCCUUCAUUGAUGUGCUCCUGUCCUCCGCUGUCUUCCUCUUCCUCACCAUCGGCUGCUUCCUGAAGCCCUGGGUCUCUGAGACUGCGGCCCCUCCAGCUGCUGUCGCUGUCUGUGUGCUUGCCAUCCUGCUGGAGCUGGUCUCCCUCGUCUUAUCCGUGCGAAUGGCAUUUUACCUGGAGGAAGUAACGGGCUGCACCAAACACCUGCUGCAAGUCAUUUCUGGUUGGAUCCCCCGGCAUUUCAUUGGAGCCAUCCUCAUCUCCCUCCCAGCACUCUCUGUCUUUUCCCACAUCACCUGCGAGUUUGACACCAGUAGCCAUUUCACCAUGUUCAUGUGCUGUGCGAUUAUCAUCACCAUCAUUCAGUACUGUAACUUCUGCCAGCUGAGCUCCUGGAUGAGGUCCUCCAUCGCAACAGUGGUGGGGGCGGUGCUGCUGAUCCUGCUCUACACAUCUCUCUGCCCUGAAGAGCCUGGCUUCUCUAACAGCUCUGUACCCGAGACACUACAGCCGCUGGACCUGAACAGACAGGAAGUGAUCCUGGCUUUCUUCCUGCUACUCCUGCUGGUGUGGUUCCUGAACCGGGAGUUUGAAGUGAGCUAUCGGCUGCACUACCAUGGCAACGUGGAAGCUGACCUGCACCGUGCCAAGAUCCAGACCAUGCGGGACCAGGCCGACUGGCUGCUGCGCAAUAUCAUCCCCUACCACGUGGCUGAGCAGCUGAAGGUGACGCAGAGCUACUCCAAGAACCACGACAACGUGGGUGUCAUCUUCGCCAGCAUCGUCAACUUCAGCGAGUUCUAUGAGGAGAACUACGAGGGCGGAAAGGAGUGCUACCGCGUGUUGAACGAACUGAUUGGGGACUUCGACGAGCUGCUGAACAAGCAGCAGUACAGCAACAUCGAGAAGAUUAAGACCAUCGGGGCCACCUACAUGGCUGCUUCGGGCCUCAACCCCUCGCAGUGCCAGGACACCAGCCAUCCGCACAGGCACCUCCGCACCCUCUUCGACUUCGCCAAGGAGAUGAUGUGCGUGGUGGAUGACUUUAACAAGGACAUGCUGUGGUUCAACUUCAAGCUACGCAUCGGCUUCAACCACGGGCCCCUCACGGCCGGCGUCAUUGGCACCACAAAGCUGCUGUACGACAUCUGGGGGGACACAGUGAACAUCGCCAGCCGCAUGGACACCACCGGGGUGGAGUGCCGGGUGCAGGUGAGCGAGGAGAGCUACCGCGUCCUCAACGAGAUGGGCUAUGACUUUGACUACAGGGGCACCGUCAAUGUAAAGGGGAAAGGCCAAAUGAAAACGUUCCUGUUCCCCAAGAGCGUGGACAGCGGGAUGGUGCCACAGCAUCAGCUCUCGGUCUCGCCGGACAUCCGUGUCCAAGUGGACGGCAGCAUUGGACGCUCCCCCACGGACGAGCUUGCCAACAUGGUCCCCUCUGCUGGUGGCCAUGGCUUGGACCGCACCCCUCCACAACGGGCAGCAGCUGCUGUGGAGAAGUUAGAUGUCAAGGACUCGUCGGGCCACCUCAGGGCAGCUCCGUUUGCCGUCUCCAGCCCAGGCAACACCCAGAGACCACUCCCGGCCCGAGACUUGGCCGCACCUGCCACCCGCAACCUCCCUGCUACAGGUCAAGGGACUGCCGAAGAAGAAGAAGGGAAGGAGGAAGAGGAAGAGACAGACGAACUGACGAAACUCAAAAUCUCAGAAAGCCUAUGAUGCAGCUUGACUCAUUUUAGGCUGAUUUUAGGCUUGUCUUCUGUAUUUGGGUGGCACCUUAGAGGGGAAAAAAGAAACAAAACUGUGAUGUUUUCUAUGUCCAAUUUUCUUAGUUUUUUUUGUUUUUACUCAUUUUUUUGUUUUUAAUUUGUUUGUUUGGCUGGCUUACAUUUCACAAGAAAAAGGGGCAAUUGCUCUCCCUCCCACUCCCCUCUUUUUUUUUUUUUUGCUGUUUGUUGGAUUAAUUAAGUGCCUUCAGAAAUACUCCUAACAGCCACUCGGCUAAAGAGGGGCAUUAAAAGAAUUGUCAUAGCAUGGCUUUUAUGAAACAGACAAUGGGAAAAGCUGUGGUUAUUUGUCACACACACUUUUUUUUUUUUUGUUCUUCGCUAAAGCAAGUGUGGGGGGUGGGGGUUGCAGGGAAGGGUAACAAAUGUGUUUAGCUUUUUGUCUGCAGACAGGUCCCAGCAAUUAGGAUUACAGUGGAACCUCUCCCGAUACUUCACUGGACCGAUCCAGUCCCUGCUCGGAAGUCUGUGCAAGUACAGCUGUGCACUGUGCACAGUAAAAGGGUCCCUUGCAAGAAAGAGACGGCGGUAGAACUUAGCACAUCAAAGGGUAAAACAAAUCUGCAUUCCAGGACAAUAUAUCUUCUUUUUUUUCUUGGUUUAAUGGCAGCUUCUUAUUUUUAUUGCCUUUUUUUUACUUCUACGUAAAGUUGCCAUGGAUAAAAAAUACACACUGAAUUCUGAGCUGCCCACUUAUCAGUAAUCGGCAGUUUUGCCAGAUAUUAAGUCAUCGUUACUCAUAUUUUAUAUUUGUUUCUAACUCCAAGUAGUGGACAACAUUCACUCCAUACUUAUCAGGAGUCUGACAAUGGUAGUGCAGGUGGUCAGUGUUCUAGGGAAAAAACACUUUACAGUUGUACGCCCCACAAUUACUGGAUAAAAUGCUGCAUCUUUUUUUCUCUUUUUGUUGUGCUAUUUUACCACCUAACUGCAGUGAAUGUUGUGCCAUAGAGUUCUAGUCAAAAAACAGCUGUGUUGUAAUCAAUAUGAAAUGUUUAAAAAAAAAAAAAAAGUCAUAGUAGUACAGACCUUUUCAGUCUGUUCAGUAGAAUGUUCCACACAGUGAGGAAAUAAUGUAUUACACUAAGUGGAUGAGGCCAUGUGCAUUUAACACAGUGAGUUUGCUCUUUAGAAAGGAGGAAUUUUUCUUCAUCCCUGUGCUAUGCUUGCCCUGUAAAUGGACACACAGACAUAUAGAGGGAUCUCAUCUUUACUGCUCUCAGUCCCUCACCUUUGAGUAUUGGUCACCUCUUUUAUAGUGGUUUCUACUCUGAAAGCUCUUUCUUACUUCAUAGAAAGUAGCACUUUAAAAUGAAUGCCUCUUUGUGUUGUUGGAUAUGGUUUAAGUAAUCCAAAGUAUGUGACAGUUAGCAUUCACAAAAACAAUGACAUUUAAAAAUUGUCAGCUGACGUUUUUCAGAUUUGCCUUCUGAACUUAUUCUGCACGCUACAUUUUGAAAUAUCUCCUGAUUGUAAGAUUAAAUGCAUUUCUUAAUUUUGACAGAGGCCACAAGAAGACCCACUAAACUUAGUGUUGUAUGAUGGAAUUGAAGUACUGUAAUAAGAAACUUAUUCGGGUUUGAUAUUAUUUUUGGUGUGGAAUAGGUUUUUUAAAUAUUCAUAAAUCUCCACUGUUUACUCAACAUCACAAAGAAGUUCUUGCUAUUAAGUGAUACGUGUGCAUAAAGCAUUUCUGCUGACUUGUUUGUAUUAACAGGCUGUUCCACUAAAGAGGUUCCAUACUUCAUAUACUUCUAUUAUUAUGUGCCACUUUCAUGACAGUGUGCAAUGGUACCCACUGCAUUCAUACCUUUUUUAUUAUUAAUAAUAUUAUUCUAAUUAUCAUUAUUAUUGUGUAUAUCCAGACUGCACCAGCAUGCGGAUAGCUAUAUAUUCUGUAUGUCAAAUAAAAAGGCCACAGUCCAGGUUUUGGAAGUAAAGUUGCAAAGGGGGGUGCUGUGUUUCAAUGCCAGUCCUGUUUAAGUAUAGCAUCUGAUUCAUUGGAAGGGGAGUCCUGUUUAGUCAUGCCAUCUAAUUCAUUGGAAGAGGAGUCCUGUUUAGUCAUGCCAUCUAAUUCAUUGGAAGGGAAGUCAUUUAUUUUGUUAACCGUUGUCUAACUUUGUGUACUUGCUGUCCUUUGUAAUGGGUGUACAUAAGUUUUCAAAACAUGUAAUAUGUUUCAAAGGAUUAUGACUGCUGUGUUGACUGUAGGUUGUACAUUACUACUAAGGUAAUGACCACCAUAGAUAUGGAAAGUUGUAUAAAGGUGAAACAAGCCUCUGAAACGCAGAGGAUUUCAGGCUGAAACAAAGGCAGACCCAAGCUGAAGAGAUUCAUAUUUGAUUCCGUAGCCGCCCCCCUACACCCCACACCCCCCCUGCACAGUUUCAUUUAAGUGCGUUGCUACAUAAAAGUGUUAAAUGCGCCCAAUGCAACAUGUUGAAAAGCACAAGUGAGAUGAAACUGUAUUGUCUGACCUCAGUUUUCCAUUUUUCCAUGAAUUGUUCAUUUUAGAAAUGCCUUAGCGUUUUAAAGGCUUAAGGCGAGGUUUUUGGUUUUUUUUUUUUG